AUGGGCAGUGCCCCCCGAGGCCAGACCCCUGCCCUGCUGGGAGUGGAUGGGUUGCUGGUGGUGAAGGUGGAAGAGGAUGAGGAGGCUGUGUGUGAAGAGGUGCCCGACCCUGAGUCCUGGAGGCUGCGUUUCCACCAGUUUGGCCACUAUGGGGGGGCAGUGGGGCCCCAGGAGGCCCUGGCCCAGCUGCAGGAGCUGUGUCACUGCUGGCUAAGACCAGACAUCCACACCAAGGAGCAGAUGCUGGAGCUGCUGGUCCUGGAGCAGUUCCUGACCCUCCUGCCCUGGCAGCUGUUGGUCCGUGUGAGGGAGGAGCAGCUGCAGCGGGGAGAGGAGGUGCUGGGCCUGCUGGAGGGGCUAGACCAAGGGCUGGAAGAGAAUGGCUUGCAGAUGUCUGAAAUCCUACCCUGGCCUCAGGAGCAGCUGAAUGGGGACUGUGGUGUGGAUGUGCUGGCAGCCAGAGCUGAGUCUCAGCCUCAGACAAGACCCUUGCCCAUAGCCAUGGCGGACUUGACAUUUGCUGAUGUGACCAUGAGCUUCUUGUGGGAGGAGUGGGGGCACCUGGGGCCCAGGCAGAAGGAGCUCUACAGGGACGUGCUUUGGGAGAGCUACAGGCACAUGGGUGCCCUCGGAAUCCCUGUCCCCAAACCAGACCUGAUUGCCUUGAUUGAUGGAGAGGAAGAGGCCAAGGAUGGAGAGGAGAGCAUGUCUGGAGGGGCCCGGCCAGGCGGCGGGAAGAGACUGUGCAGACUGAGUCCUCAAGAGAAAGACCCCCAACAGAGGGUUCUGCCAGCUGCCACCUCCCUUCAGGCCAAGUCACCAAAGCAGGCUAUGAGGAGAAGGGCUUCUGUGGAGGGGCCGGGAAACCCCUGUGUUCCCCCUGCUCCUCAGAAAGGUCUUCUGGCUGCCACCAUCCCAACUCUACAGCUCCAGUUUCCCCCAGUAAAAGGAGCCAAAGGGAAGUUCUCAGCCCAACAGAUACCUCUGCCAAGUGAGGGAGGGUCUCCUCGAUGCUUGAAAGAGAAGAACCUCUGCAAAGACCUCCCAGUAUCGACCAUGGGACCCAAACAAUACAGAUGUAGGGACUGUGGGAAAAGUUUCCAUUGCAAGUCUCCUCUUGUCCGACACCAGAGAACGCACACGAGAGAAAAAACAUUUAAAUGUCCUGACUGUGGGAAAGACUUUAGCCAGAGAUCCAAUCUGAACAUCCACCAGAGAGUCCACCCUGGGGAGAAGCCCUACGCUUGUGUUGACUGUAGGAAAGGGUUUAGCCACCAGACCACGCUUCGUAUCCACAGGCGAACCCACAUGAAAGAGAAACCAUACACGUGUACUGAAUGUGGGAAAGGCUUCAGCUAGACAUCCCACCUGCAUGUCCAUCAGCACGUCCACAGGGGUGAAAAACCCUACAAGUGUCUUAUCUGUGGUAAAGGCUUCAAACAGAGCUCCAACCUGCAGGUCCAUCAGAGAGUCCACCGGGGAACAGUGCCCUCAAAUCGCCCAGAGUGAUGCCUAAGAGCCCCAAGGCUCUUCUACCUCAUUCAUAUAUUGGUUCGUUCAUUCAUUCAUUUAUUUAGCAGUCCUUAUGAAAAGUUCUGUCAUGUCAUGAAGACAAAGAGAGAUGCACCACAGGUCUUCCUCUAAAGUCU